CUCUGGACUGUAUUAGUGUUGAACUCAAAGCACAGCGAGAGCGUCUUCAGUGUCUUUGCUGACUUUCUCUCUGCUGAGAUCAGAACAGUUCAUAAGUGUAGGAGAGUCAGAGUGAGGAGCUUCUGGACCUUCUGGACCUUCAGGUAUCCGCUGUGUUUGAAGAGUGAUGCUGCCAUGUUUUCCCAGAGCUCAGCAAAUAUUACAGCAGCACUGAUCCUCAUUUUACUGGCAGUCCUGCAGGCGAAGUUGGAUCGAAAGACUGUGGGACAGAAAGUGGUGAAACUAACCUGUAGCCCCCCCUGCAGGCCCAGUGGAAACUGUUACUAUGACUGGUACAGAGAUGAAGGACGGCCUAGCCAUAGAGAAUACGUAGGAUGUUCAUAUGGUGCCUCACUUUGGUUGGACUCCACCAGAUCAUCUAAUCAGGACAGAUACACCUGUGAGGUGAAGAACAACAGCCUCCCUCAGCAAAACUGUGAAGAGCAGUGGGGUGUGACCUACACUGCUGAACAUGUCUGUGCUCUGAAAGGAUCAUCAGUUAAUUUGUCCUGCACUUAUAAACACCCUGAAGGACUCAGAGUGACUAAAUCACUCUGGUUCAUUAAAAGUCACAGGAAGACUAAUGUUGAGCCUGUGGAUGUGGGAGAGUCUGAUCUGUAUAAGGGGAGAGUGCAGUACAGCCGGACCCUGAACUACUGUAGAAUGACCAUCACUGACCUGAGAGAGAGUGACGCUGACACAUACAAGUUCAGAUUCUACACUGGUGAUCCUAAGGGCAAAUACACCGGUGAACCUGGAGUCACUCUGUCUGUCACAGAUCUGAAGGUUACAGUGUCAGAUACAGAUGGAGGAGUAAAGAAGCUGACCUGUAGCUCCACCUGCACUCUGCCCAACCCCACUUACAUCUGGUACAAGAACAGACAGCCUGUAUUUAACCAGAACAGAAAUGAACUGAAUCUGAGAGACAGAACUGUGGAUGCAGGCAGCUACUCCUGCGCUGUGAAAGGAUACGAGGAGCUCCGCUCUCCUGCUGUCUGUGUUUUUGACCUGCAGGUGAAAGUGGACGGUCCUGCAGCCACAGCGUCAGAGGGACAGACAGUAACACUGACCUGUAGCUCCACCUGCACUCUGCCCAACCCCACUUACAUCUGGUACAAGAACAGACAGCCUGUAUCUUGGUGUGAAUCUGCCUCCUGCUCUGUAGCUGUGGUCAGUGAAGCGGUCAGCUACAGCUGUGCUGUUAAAGGCAGUGAUCUCCACUCUCCUCCAGUGUAUAACAGGACUUCAGUAUAUGCAGCUUCUGGAGUCGCCGUGGUUUUACUUCUGAUAUUCACUGCAGUCUUUUUGUGGAUGAGGAGACGAGCAGCAGUGACCAGCAGAGAGAGAGAGGAGAGCAGUGGAGAGGCUCCAAAGUCUGGAGACGACACUUACUCAGCUCUGAACCCCAACACCACGUCCUCCGACUACGACACUCUGACUCAUGUUAGAGACUCUCCCAGUGACACAUACUCAGCUCUGAACCCCAAAACCAUGACCUCUGAUUACGACACUCUCACACCUGUUAGAGACUCUCCCAGUGACACGUACUCAGCCCUGAACCCUGAAACCAGGACGUCUGAUUACGACACUCUGACUGUUCUCCGUCCUCACCCAGUGAUGAGAAGAGCUCCAGAGAACGAGAACUAACAGCUGUGUUCAUUUACUCUUCAUUCACCACUGUAGCUUCAGCUCUAUGGACAGAACAUUAAAGAGGCGUACGGAGGAUUUCUGAGGAUUAAAGAGCUUUUAGAGCUCAAAACACAUCAGAUGAUUCCUAAAGUCAGAGUGAUUCUCUCAGAUCAGUCAGAGGAGCUUCUGUUUAUGAAGGGUCUUUAUUCACUGUUGUGCUUUUAUACACCAUGAUGAUUCAGA